AUGGCACCGAAGAAGAAAAAGGCAAAAGAAAAAAAAAGCAAGGCUGGAAAUGUCCCCGUGCCAAUAUUUGUCAGUGAGCGGGAGCAGUACCUUCAGAAGGAGUUUGCCAUCCUGACGGAGCACAUUGAUACAUACACCCAGCGCGUGCAGCACUUCCAGGAGGAAAACGAGUUCCUGGACAAGGAAGCACUGCAGAUCCGGGAGAACAGCAAGGCCUACCUCUCUUACUUGAAUAGGCGCACCCUCCGAUGCCAGACAGCCAUUGUUACACUGAAUGACCAGAAUCGCUCAGACCUCGCACAGGUUCGGAAACAAAAGGAACAGCUGAUCUCACAGUACACAGACAAGGAGAAGGAAGUGAAGAGCCAACUGAUCGAGAUGGAGACCAAGUACUCCCUCAUGCACAAAGAAGUGGAAGAGCUGCAGCCCUUCAAAGAACUGCAGUUCGAGCAGCUGACCAGGAUCCGUGAGCUGGAGAAGGAGCUUCUAGCCAUGAAAAUCCAGCAUUCGGAGCAAAUGCACAAGGUCAAGAGCCAGUUCCUACAGCAGAAGGCUGAAUAUGAGAUGGAGUCUCAGCAGAAAGUCCAAACUCUGGCCAAGCUGGCAGAGAAGGAAGCUGUGCGAAGUCUAAUACAGCACACCAAGCAGGUGAAAGCUGAGAACUGGCGACUGCGCCAUGAAUUGCUGAGCCUUAUCAGAAGAGCCGAAGUCUUGAAAGAUUUCAUGAGCCAGCUGAGAGAACAGCAGCAACAGCUUCUACGGGAGCACCAGUACAGCCAAGACCUUGCGCGCAUGCGCCAUUGGCUAAGGCAGCGUGGGGCUCGGGUAAUUGUCACUCCUGGCAGCAGCUUCAGAUGCAGCCCAGCAGCUAGGAACAGGACUCUUUCCCCUCAUGACAUAAAUGCCCAACUGCCCACAGAAAAGGAACUAAGAGCAUCCUCCAAGCAUUCCUCAGGCAAAGGACAACAUGCCGCUGGGUAUGAUUUUUAA